AUGGAAAGCUCGGAGCAAGUGUGUAAAAUAUGCAAAUCACCAUCAAAGUACAAGUGUCCAUCAUGUUUGACACUUAGUUGUUCUCUAGAAUGUGUAAAUCGACAUAAAGUCGAAUUUAAUUGCAAUGGAAAGAAGGAAAUGGUAGAAAAUGUACCAAGGUCUGAAAUUACGGCCGAGACACUCAUUAAAGACUGUAAAUUACUGGAUAAAAUCGCACAAUGUAUGGAAUCUACCUCAAGAGCGUUCAUGAAACCACUUUUGGAGAAUGCUGGACAUAAUAGGACAAAACAAAGAGUACUCAGAAAGUUAUGUUUGGAUCGCAAUAUAGAACUUAUUACAUCGCCUAUCAUCUUGAAACGCGCAAAGAUUAACUGCACUCUUGCACGAAAGAAGAAGCUUUAUUGGACAACAGAAUGGACUAUUCAUGGAUCUGGUCCAUUUUUAGAGCAUAGAGUUUCAGAGGACGCAGUAUUGGAUACUGUACGAAAGAAGGUUUCAGAAAAGGUCAAAAGGAACUGUGAAGAUGGUUAG